ACGUAAGGCGGCGGGCGCGCGCCAUUGGCCCGCCCGGCAUUAUUAAAUAAACCUCCUGAGAGGAGGGCGCGCGUCGCGUGGCGUGCGGGCACAGCACCGCAUCACGCGCGGGCCCGCGCCGCGUCGGCCCGCUGGCGCGCGGCCAUGGCAGACAUGCCGGACCUGUCGCACCUCACGCCCGAGGAGCGCGCCAUCAUCGAGGGCGUCAUGAUGCGCCAGCGCCAGGAGGAGCAGCGCGAGCACGAGAUCAUGAGGCGCAAACAAGACGAGGUGGCGGUACUGGAGCAAACGAUUCGCACAAGGAACGAGAUGCAGCGCGCGGCGGGCGUGGAGCUGGCGGCCACCUGCCACAUCUGCCUCAAGACCAAGUUCGCGGACGGCGUCGGCCACUCGUGCCACUACUGCCGCGUGCGCUGCUGCGCCCGCUGCGGGGGGAAGGUCACACUGCGCUCUAAUAAGGUGAUAUGGGUCUGCAUUCUAUGCCGCAAGAAGCAGGAGCUGCUGUCGAAGACGGGCCAGUGGAUCCACAAGAGCGGGCCGGCGGACGCGAUGAUGUGGCAGCAGAUGGAGUCGGACCUGCGCGGGCUGCCGAUGCCGGGCGAGGCCACGCUGGACAAGCGGCCCAAGCUGGAGCGGGCACACAGCGCGGCGGAGAAGGAGAACCUUCCCUUGCAGCGUGGGGGCAGUGCGUUGAGACGGCAGUACAGCCAGCAGGAGCCGCGCUGCUACGGCGAGCUGGAGGGGCUGGCGCGCACGCACCCGCAUCUGGUUCACCCGCGGCAGAAGGCGGCCUACGGCGUGGAGGACGAGCCGCCUCGCUCCUCCUCCGACGAGGAGGCGCCCGACUGCGACGACGACGACGAGUACCGCGACCGCGGACAACUAGAGGGCUGCACUCCUCUGAGGCACCCGCAGCUGCGCAGCGCCAGCGUGGCUGCCAACAAUUAUUACAAUUUGACUAAUCACUCGGCGGGCGGGUACGAGGCGGAGGCGCGCGGCGGCGGGCGCAGCUUCGACUCGGCCACGGACUGCCGCUGGCGCGCGCGCGACGACGGCGACGGCGCCUACCUGCGGCCCUACGCGCCCGACGACCGCACCCGGCUCGAGCGACCCGUCUACAAGAGUGCCUAUCUAUGGGAAGAUUCCGCCGACAAUAGACGUUUCACCGAGAGGAGAAAAAAAACGGUUCGGUUCGACGGGCACGAGGGCGCGGCCACGUUCCCCCGCGGCGGGCGGGACGCGGGCGGCGCGCCGCUGGACUGGGCCUCGCUGCGCUGGGAGCAGGAGCGCCAGACCAGCCAGGACUCCGCCACCAAGGACUCCGGCAUCGACACCUCCAGCACAUUCACCUCCAGCGAAGAUUCUAACAGGGGUGAUUGCCCUAAGUUUCCGCAGAGCUGGCAGGUGUCGGCGGACGGGUCUCGCAUGAUCGGGCACAUGGUGCUGCGCAAGACCGUGGUGGAGGGCAGCUCGCACUCGUCGUGCGCCAUCCUGGGGCUCAAGGUGGUGGGCGGCAAGCUGCUGCCCGACGGGACCAGGGGCGCCAUCGUGGAGAAAGUUAAGAAGGGUUCCAUAGCCGACGUGGAAGGACAACUUAGGAUAGGUGACGAGGUGCUCCAAUGGAACGGCGUCCCGCUGCAGGGGCGCGGCGCGGAGGACACGGCGGCGGUGGUGGCGGACAGCAAGCACGACUCGCACGUCGAGCUGGUGGUGAGCCGGCCCGUGGUGGCCGCGCGCCCGCCCGCGCAGCCGUGGCGGACGCAUAAAGAAGUAUACACGGAAGUGAUGGGGGGAUGCGAAAAGCCGAGCGUGCUAGUGACGUCACCGGGCUCCCCCGACGUGCACUCCAGGCGACGCAGCAGAAGACACAACCAUCACAACGCCAGCGUCGCCGGAAGAGUACAGCUAAAGAUCUACUUCGACAUCAGCGCACUCCAACUACUAGUGACGGUGGUGUCGGCGGCCGGCCUCAGUCCGCGGCCGGACGGGUCCCCGCGGUGUCCGUACGCAAAGAUCUUCCUUCUACCGGACAAGAGCGAGAAAAGCAAACGCAGGACCAAGACUUUCGCUAACACCCUGGAGCCACGGUGGAACCAGACGUUUGUGUAUUGCGGGAUUCGUAUCACGGAUAUCAAGAAACGGACUUUAGAAGUAACAGUGUGGGAUUUGAACCGUUAUGGCCCAAACGAUUUUCUCGGUGAAGUGCUCUUAGAUCUGGACAGUAUAGUGAUGAAUCAUGAACCCAACUGGUACACGCUGAAGCCUCACGAAGAAUCCAUAAGUUAUAACUCGUUCUUCCAGAGAUACAGAGAGGAAGAAGCAGAUGGCGAACACCUGUCACCGCCGUCGACGUCGACGUCGCGCCUGUCGGACUCCGACACGCCCAGCGAGUGCGAGAUGCGGCGGCACCACUCGCUGUCCAGCCUGGCUUCUAGCUCCAGCCCGCCGCCGUCGUCGCACAACCACGAGCGCAUGGAGGACGGGGCGCGGCGCAGCCGUCGCGACGUGUCGCCGUCGGGGCGCGCGCGGGCGGCCGGCCUGAGUCGCGAGCGGGUGAGCACCGCGCGAGCUCGCUGCGAUGUGCGAGGUGGUGAGCACUGGCUGACGUGUGCUUGUGUGCAGGGCGGCGGCGGCGGCGGCGCGCGCUCGCAGUCGGCCGCGCCCGGCGCCCGCGGCCCGCGCGCCCGCAGCAAGUCUCCGCGCCGCUCCCUGUCCCCGCCGGCCGACUCCUGGCGCUACACAGGCGAGGAGCGCGGGGGCGGCGGCGGGGGCGGGGGCGGGGGCGAGGGGCGGCUGCCCACGCACGCGUACGCGCCGCGCUUCCAGUCGCGCUCCGCCACCGCCACGCCCACCACCAGCCCCAAGAAGAGGCAGCUGCCGCAGAUACCGCCGCACCAGGGCACGCAGCGGACAGUCCGGGCGCAGGUGUCGGCGGACCUAGAAGAACGUAAGUGGAUCGCGCCGCACCACAUUGGCGCAACACUCACCUACCGCAGCACGCCACAAGGCUGGGAGCGUCACUACGCCGGCUUAUCCGACUCUGAGCUAGCGGCGCGCGGCGGCAACGGCGGCGGCUGGGCGCCCCGGAGGCGACCCUCCCCGGACCAGGCGGCCGGAGACUCAGACCUCGAGUCCGUGGCCUCGGUCACGUCUAGCGCAUUCAGCACGCAGUCCGAGCGGCCAAGACCGACCAGGAUGCUCAGCAACGAGUACGGAGGACGAGAGAACGGGCGCGGCGGCCACCAGCCGCAGCCGCUGGAGCGCCGCGAGUCCCGCCGCUCGCAGUUCACGCGCAGCCUCAGCAACGCAGACGGACCGCCCGACGAAAAAGCUGACGGCAGCCUGAGCGACACGGCGCUGGGCGGCAACGGCGAGCUGGAGGCGGCGUGCGACGACGCGCUGCUCAAGGCCGAGCCGCGGGACUACUUCGGCCCCGGCAUGGGCAAGAAGAGCAACUCCACCUCGCAGCUCUCCGCCACAGGACGGAAACGGAGAUUAGGUUUCGGUAAACGCGGCAAAAAUUCGUUCACGGUGCAACGCAGCGAGGAGGUGGGCCCCGGGGGCGCGGGGGUGUCCCGCGCCUCGUCCGCCUCCAGCGAGCACGACGACGACAGAUGGUCGCCGGGUCUACGCGGCUCUGGUUCGUCGGACGGCGGCGGUCUUUCCGACUUCAUCGAUGGACUCGGGCCGGGCCAGCUGGUGGGCAGACAACUGCUGGGCGCGCCCACGCUCGGGGACGUGCAACUCUCCAUGUGCUACCAGAAGGGAUUCCUUGAGGUGGAGGUGAUCCGCGCGCGCGGGCUCCAAGCGCGGCAAGGCAGCCGCACGCUGCCGGCGCCCUACGUCAAGGUGUACCUGGUCAACGGCAAGCGCUGCGUGGCCAAGGCCAAGACCACUAGCGCGCGCCGCACGCUCGACCCACUGUACCAGCAGACCUUGACCUUCAGGGAGAACUUCAAGGGAUGCGUAUUGCAAGUGACAGUGUGGGGCGACUACGGGCGCAUCGAGGGCAAGAAGGUGUUCAUGGGCGUGGCCCAGAUCAUGCUGGACGACCUCAACCUCUCCAACAUCGUCAUCGGAUGGUACAAGCUUUUUGGAACCACUUCUUUGUAACCCAAGGACAAUGCAAUGUCUAGGAAGCGGGGUGGUUGCAGACCCUAUAUCACAAUAAAAAAAAUUAAAACAUGUCCAAGUAAUACAUUAGUGAUACUGCUUUAAUAUCAUGAUAAAAAAUGCAAUCAAUAUCUUGAAUAUAGGAAAUUUUCUAUAAAACGAAUGAUAUAAUUAUUUGUAUUUUUAUUUUCAGUUGGGCUACUGAAGUUUUGAAUAGAUAGCAUUUUAUAGCAAUGAAACAAAUGUAUAGAUGUAUUCAAUAAUAUGUAAUUAAGUAUUAAAAGCCAAAUGCAAAUCUG